AUGCGUCUGCAGUUCAUCUUGAUCGUUGCUUUGGCCAGUCUCCACUCAAGCUGGGACGUUGCGGCUGCCGCCACUGAAUCCAAGGCAACUUCCACGCCAACAAGUGCUGAGCGCUUCGACAAGAGGUUUUUGAGAUUACACAUGAAGGGCGACGAAGACGAAGAGGACGACGAGAGGGGGCUCUACGAUGCUAUUGAAAGAGCCCUCGCUAAGACCAAGAUCCCAGGCUGGCUAUACCACAAGAAGCCUGGCUAA